AUGAAUUUAUUUCCAACAUCUUGUCCUACAAGGCGUCUGUCGAGACUCUGCUCUCGGCAGAUUUUCCAAUUGACCUCCCCCCACCGAUGCGCGACUCCGGCGGGCGCGAGAAUACCACGGCGAAGAUACCUCCACCACAGCGGACCAAGACUGGCACAACCGGCCGGGGCAGAGCUUUCAGAGACGCCGAAGAUAGAUGAACCCGAGUUCUUCAAGUCUUACAAGAACACGCUCGUGGCACCGCCAUUAACGUACCGACACAGACAAAUCAUUCCAAGUAAGCUAGGCAAGGCAGUCGUGUUAGUCGGAUAUUUGAAGAGUGUCACCUCCUUGGCUGAGUCCUUGGUGUUUGGGCAAUUGGUGUGGGCAUGCAAAGGGGAGGAGAAGCAGGUGCAAAUAGUAUGUCGAGGCGCAGAACUGUGCCGCCAGCUGAAGAGCACGAGACUCAACACUCCGAUCAAUGUCUCUGGCACAAUAGCCCGCAAGCGUCCGAGCAAGAAAGAUAAGCAAGAUGAUCAAGAUGUCCAGGUCCCACUCCAGCUUCCCUCCGACGAGAUCGAGAUUGUUGUGACCAACUUCCUGCCCCUGAAUGACAUCCAUCCCGACCUUCAUCUCAGUGCCGACCACAACUACCCUCCUCAGAGCAGACACCUUCAGCUCCGCUUCGACCCAGCCUUGAGACAGCGUCUGCGUCUUCGAUCCGAGGUUGCCAAACAUGUCAGGCAUAGCUUGUCAGACUUUGACGAGAUUGACACGCCAAUUUUGUUCAAGUCGACUCCAGAAGGAGCACGAGAAUUUCUUGUUCCCACCCGGAAAGCUGGAUUUGCAUAUGCGCUCCCCCAGAGCCCGCAGCAAUACAAGCAGAUACUGAUGGCAUCGGGAAUCAGUCGCUAUUUCCAAUUUGCAAAGUGCUUCCGCGACGAGGAUCUCCGAGCUGAUAGGCAACCGGAAUUUACACAGCUUGAUAUCGAGAUGGCCUACGCAGAUGGAAAGACGGUUAGGCAAAGAGUUGAAGAUGUGAUCCGGCGUAUCUAUCGAUUCAUGCCAGCUAUGAACGGGUCAGACCUCAGCGUCCCAGCGCAAGGGUUCUACAAAAUGACUUAUCGCGAAGCUAUGAGGCGUCAUGGAUCUGACAAACCGGAUCUCAGAAUUAAUGCGCCUAUAUAUCAAGUCGACGAACUCGUUCCCCAAGAGCUAAGCAGUAUGCUUACCUCGAUCGAGAGACCAACGUUCGACUUCUUCAAGAUGCGCUUGAAUGCUUCUCCCAAAGAAGCCACCGCUUUCAUUCGCCGCUUCAUGGACUCACCAGACGCAGAGAGCUUUAGAUCCAACAUUGACGGCGCGCCGGGAAUCUGUGUCUACGAUUCUUCAAAGCCGAUCGAAGGCCUCCAGACGCUAGGUUUCGAGGCAGCAGACAGAUUGAAAGCCAAAUGUGGGAACCGAAAGAAGCUGGGCUGGGAAAGUGCCGCAGAACACGAGAUCAAUCGUUCGUUCGAAGAUGGCGACCUGCUUGUUAUUCAAGCACGAGAGGAAAUGCCAGCGAAAAUGCCAUUCACUGGUGGUUCAACCGCCCUUGGCCGUCUCCGCCUGGCAAUUUACAAAGCAGCCAUCGCAGAAAAGCUUAUCGAGCCUGAUUUGUCCCAUCGCUAUCUUUGGGUAAUCGGCUUUCCCAUGUUCACUCCGAAUGACGGGAUUGACCCGGGCCAAGGAGGCUCUGCAGGUUUCUCAGCGACACAUCAUCCCUUUACGGCUCCGAGGACACCAAGAGAUGCUGAUCUGCUUCUGACAGACCCACUUGCAGCUACAGCAGAUCAUUACGAUCUCGUAGUCAACGGAAUCGAGCUCGGCGGUGGGAGUCGUCGUAUCCAUAACGCUGAUAUGCAGAAGUUCAUCAUGCGCGAGAUCCUCAAGAUGAGCGAGGCGCGUAUCAAUGACUUUUCUCACCUAUUUUCUGCCCUUGAAUCCGGUUGUCCGCCACACGCUGGCUUCGCAAUCGGCUUUGAUCGUCUUAUAGCCGUUCUCACAGGUCAUGAAUCUGUCAGAGAUGUUAUUGCGUUCCCAAAGAGCUCGAAGGGCGAGGACAUAAUGGUCAAGAGUCCAUCUAAAAUUACAGAUUCCGAAUUGGCAACUUAUCACCUAACGCUUGCGAGGGACGAGCAAUCUACAGAAUAG